AACCGAGUUACAGGCGCGAGGCGCUCUGUUUCUUCUUUCUCACAAAACCCGGAAGCUGUAAAAUUUUUGUGCCUUUUUGAAGGUUUAUAGAUUAUUAUAGCCAGAUAAGAGAGAAAACAACACAAUACGAAAGAUGAGAUUUUUAUGGUCAAUUCUUGUUGUAUACACUCUGUGGAGUCAUGUUUUAGCCGAUCAGAUCUUCCCAGGUCCUGUGGGUGGUUCCUUCAGUCGCAGCUCUCGUGAACCAAAGUAUAAGAUUGAAUUCCAUCCAGAAGACUCACCUUUUCAUCCUGAUGAUGACCAGGAGUCAGUGGUUAUGCCUGACAAGAAUGGACAGAAUUAUUUAUGUUACUUGCCCAAGGUGGAGAAAGUCAAGAGUGGAAAGCCUGUUAAUCAAUUGAAUGUGAGCAGCAUGAUUGUCGAAACUGAGAAACGUGUCAAAUUGAAAACACCAGAUGAGCUGCUUGAAGUGUUGAAAGAUCGAUGUUUCAUCAGACAAGAGGGUUGGUGGUCUUAUGAAUUCUGCUAUCAGAAGAAGCUGCGGCAAGUUCAUUUAGAAGAUGAUAAGGUGGUUCAAGAAUUUGUUUUGGGUGUUUAUGAUGAAGAAGCAACAGCUGCGUACAACCAGAAUCUCUCUGAUGUUUCUACUUUGAAAGAUCCUCGCUCAAAAGAUGCAUCUCAAAGGUAUCAUGCUCAUCAAUACACAAAUGGAACCAUGUGUGACCUUACAAAUCAGCCCCGUGAAACUGAGGUGAGGUUCGUAUGCUCAGAGCCUAGAGCUAUGAUUAGUUCUAUCACAGAGCUAUCUACUUGCAAGUAUGCCCUUACAAUACAGUGUCCAAUGCUUUGCAAGCACCCAUUGUUCCAAGAAGAGAGACCAGUUUGGCACACCAUCAACUGUAAUGUCCUUCCCAAAGAUACCAAGGAAACUAAGGCAGAGAAAGACAAAGCUGAAGAUAAGCAGGUUAUUAUGGCCACUGACAUGGAAUAUCCAUCAAAUUUUGAUUCAGAUGAAUAGGUUGGGCACUGCAUCCAGGGACCUUUGUCAGUACCAACUGAAUUAACUAAGGUGAUAAAAUGUAUUAUUAUUAGUAGACAAUGUUCUGCGUUCAGUUGCAAUCUUUGCACCUUUUAAAAGUUUAAGCUUCUGAAUCUAAUGAAAAAUACACGGAUCAUUCAUGAAAUAA